AUGCCUGUCAUGUCCUCCCACCUCCCUAACCCCGGUCCUUCCGCCCAAUCCUUCAUCCGCUUCCGGCUCCUGGACGGGUCACCCAUGUCCGGGCUUUCGCCCUGGGCCGUCGAGGACGCCUUCGUCGGGGCGGUCGGACGCUGUCUCAGCGCCCGUCCGCUCCGCGGUGGCGACUUGCUGGUCCGUUGCGAUCCGGGGGAGCGUCAGCAGCUGCUGGCGAUCACCCGGGUCGCGGGGGCGGAGGUCCGGGCAUGGGUCCCUCCUCACCUCAACCAGAGCCAGGGUUCCAUCUUCGCCCCAUCCCUCCAACCUCUCUCUAUCCCGGAGCUGGAGGAGGGCUUUCGCCGCGUGGGAGUCCGCGGGGUGUAUCGCCCUCCCCGCUCUCCCAAAAUCCUUAUCCUCACCUUUGACACGCCCCAACCGCCGGCCUCCGUCAGGGCCGCGUACCUGUCCUUCCCCGUCCGCCCUAUCCCGCCCAAACCCCUCCGCUGCCGUCGGUGCCAGCGUUAUGGCCACCGCCAGCAGCACUGUCGUGCCCCCCAUCCCGUCUGCUCCUCCUGUGCCCAGGAGGGGCACGACUCCCCAUCCUGCUCCAGCCCCUCGGUGUGCUGCGCCGGGUGCGGCGACGAGCAUCCCUCGAACGACCCCGGCUGCCCUCGGUGGCUGGCAGAGUGCCAGGUGUCCCUCCUGAUCCGACAGGGCUGGGAGCCCAGGGACGCCCGCCACUACGUGGCGACCCACCCGGACGCCGACCCUACCACCAUCCCCUCCAACUCUGACUCUGUCCGCCGUCCUCCCCCCAUCAACCACUCUGAGUACCCCCCUCUCCCUCAGAAGCCUAACUACAUCCCACCUCGCCCGCCCACCCCCCGCUACCCUUCUUCCUCCGGCCGGUCGACUCCCAACGCUCCCCCUCCGCCCCCUCCCCGACCGGCUAGCGCGGCCAGGUCCCCUGCUGUGCCGCCGCGGCCCCCUCGGGCCGCCGGUGCCGACUCUCACGGCACCCCUGCACCUCCUCCACCUCCCCGCGAGCGCCCGGCGCCCCCGGCUUCCCAGCCGAAGGAUACAGACGAGAGUCAGGCGCCGGUCCGUAGCGGGUUAUCCAACUCCGACUCCAACCUCACCGACUCCAACACCACUACCGACCACUCAUCCACGCCCAGCCCCACCACCCCGCCGGGCCGCCCACGCCGCACCAGACUCCAGUCGGCACCCGCCGAGUCACACACUUACACUCUCAGACAGAAACACUAA